AUGAGUCCGGAUGACUUAGAUAGGGAACUUUUUAAAAACGGUCUCGGAAUAUAUGAAAUGCCAGCAGAUGAGGUACAAGAAACUCCACAGGAAGAAGUUCAGAUACAACCAGACAUGGAAGAAAUAGUUCAGCAACAACAGCUAGAAGAGCCUGAAGGAAACGAACAAAUCCCUCCUUUGGAAACUAACUUCACAGAACUAGAUGAAGAUUUGGAACAGCCGAAAAAUCUUGACCCUCAACAAGAGUAUGCGGAGAAUAUGGAAUCUUUCCAAGAGUCUAAGAAAAAUUCAGCUGACAUAGUAGAAGAAUAUCGAAAAAUGUUCGCCGACAUACAAAAGACUCCAACAUCAGAUGAAAAUAUCCAGCAUAGAAUGGAAGUACUGAAAGAUAAUGUACACAAAUACAACAAUCCUUUUUACUUACGAGCAUAUAACGUUCAAUCUUUGGAUGAACUCGGUGAAAAUAAAAGGUUAAAUUUCAACAAAACAUAUAGAAAUGAAACAUUGUUUAAAGUUCAUUCAGAACCUAACCAAUAUGGAAACAAACCUACUUUUGUUUCUGCAGACGAUGGAACUACUAUCAUAAGACAAAUUACGGAAAGUGAACUCAAACAAAAAGUGACACAAUGCAUUUGCCAACCAAAUAACUUUACAAAGCAAAAACUUAAAUUACUUGUCAAGCUUACUAUUCUUAUUUUAACAAUUAAAAAAUUAAAUUUUAUUUUUUAUUUAAAAAAAUCAUCUUAUAUCAUCUGA